AUCUUUACUGAACCAAGUUUAUCGGGAGUGAUUUUUACAACACAGGUGAAAGUUACUGUCAUAUUCAUCGGAUUCCAACCAAUCUGAAAAAUUCAACAAGGCAACGCUCACUUUCUUUAUUUAUCCUCGCAGUUUCCCCCCUUCGGAUGGAUGAGACGGAGUCCAGCGUCCAGACAACCAGUGCGGGAGCGGCAGGUUGUCGGUCCGUCAGCGCGUAUAAUGCGAGGUGUUUGUGCGUCACGGUGCGCUCCGGACUCUCCUCCCUGCCUGUCAGAUGUUCAGCUCAGCAUGUGAUGCUCCGUCCGUCCUCAGAGUCCUGCGAGCGCUCAGUCUGGGCCAAACACCCAAUCUGCUCUGUGGAUGUGCUCGUUUAUCUCUCCGUGUAAUCAUCCGACAACCGCGGUCAUUUUAAUCGGAGGACAUCGCUGCGAAGAUACCCACGAACUGGUACCGAGUACUGGACCCUUCAGGCUCUUCCUCACAUCUUCAUCCAUUCAUCUCUUCUCCCCACUCCUCUUCUGUCAGUAAUUUCUCUCCUCCUCUCAGUUGCUACCUCUCUGUCCUCUUUUUCUUCUUCUUUUUCUCUCUGUCCAUCCCCACACCUCUUCCCGGACCCGCCAGCCUCCCCGAUGCCUAAGACCAGCAAGGUGGUGCAGCGCGAGCAGAGCCAUGAGCACGUCACGGAGUCGGUGGCCGACCUGCUCGCCCACGAGGAGCCUCUCGAUUACAAGAGCAGCUCCCUGAACGUGGAAGCGGCCGCAGGGAAGAAGAUCCCUCAGAUAGAAGUCCCCGAGAAUGACGGCCGGCCGGCGUGGAACAGCAAGCUGCAGUACAUCCUGGCCCAGGUGGGCUUCUCUGUGGGGCUUGGAAACGUCUGGCGAUUCCCGUACCUCUGCCAAAAGAACGGAGGAGGUGCAUAUUUGGUCCCUUAUUUCAUCCUCCUCCUCAUUAUCGGCAUCCCGCUCUUCUUCUUGGAGCUGGCUGUGGGUCAGAAGAUAAGACGUGGCAGCAUCGGAGUAUGGAACUACGUCUGUCCACGUCUCGGUGGGAUUGGGAUGUCAAGUCUGAUGGUUUGUGGUUUUGUAGGUCUCUACUACAACGUCAUCAUUGGUUGGAGCAUCUUCUACUUUUUCCAGUCUUUCCAGUACCCGUUGCCAUGGAGCGACUGUCCGAUUAGAAAGAAUGGGACAAUAGCCAUUGUGGAGCCAGAGUGUGACAAAAGCUCAGCCACUACAUAUUUCUGGUACCGGCAAACGCUGAACACAACCAGCACCAUCGCAGAGAGCGGCGGCCUCAACAUCAAAAUGACCUUAUCUCUGCUGGUGGCCUGGAUAAUUGUCUGCCUUGCUGUCAUUAAAGGAAUCGCCUCUUCUGGGAAGGUGAUGUACUUCAGCUCUCUUUUCCCUUAUGUGGUGCUCUUCUGCUUCUUGGUCAGAGGUUUAAUGCUCAAAGGAUCAGUAGAUGGGAUCGCUCAUAUGUUUACUCCAAAGCUGGAGAAGAUGCUGGAGCCGCAGAUUUGGAGGGAAGCAGCCACUCAGGUGUUCUUUGCUCUGGGUUUGGGGUUCGGAGGCGUCAUAGCUUUCUCCAGUUACAACAAAAUGGACAACAACUGCCACUUUGACGCUGUGCUCGUCUCCUUUAUCAACUUCUUCACCUCAAUUCUGGCCACGCUGGUGGUGUUCGCCGUGCUGGGGUUCAAGGCCAACAUCAUGAAUGAAAAAUGUGUUGCAGAAAAUGGAGAAAAGAUCCUGGGAUACCUCAACUCCAACGUCCUGAGUCACGAUCUCAUUCCUCCUCACGUGAACUUUUCCCAUCUCACCCCAUCAGACUACGCUGACGUGUACAGCAUCAUCAAGACGGUAAAAGAGGAUGGCUUUGCCAAGCUGGGUCUGGAGCCCUGUGUCCUGGAGGACGAACUCAACAAGGCAGUUCAGGGCACCGGCCUGGCCUUCAUUGCCUUCACAGAGGCCAUGACCCAUUUCCCAGCAUCCCCUUUCUGGUCUGUAAUGUUCUUCUUCAUGCUAAUCAACCUUGGCUUGGGCAGCAUGAUUGGCACCAUGACUGGCAUCACCACACCCGUCCUUGACGCCUACAAAGUUCAGAAAGAGCUUUUAACAGUGGGCUGCUGCAUUGUGGCCUUCCUCUGUGGGUUGUUGUUUGUUCAGCGUUCAGGAAAUUAUUUCGUCACCAUGUUUGAUGAUUACUCAGCCGGUUUGCCCCUCACUGUUGUAGUGAUCCUGGAAAAUGUCUCUGUCGCUUGGAUUUACGGCACUAAACGCUUCAUGCAAGACUUGGAGGACAUGUUGGGUUUUCGACCGUCUAUAAUCUACUUCUACCUGUGGAAGUACGUCUCUCCUCUUUGUCUCAUCGUCCUCAUCUCAGCCACAGUCAUAGAGAUGGCCAUCAGCCCACCUGGAUACAACGCCUGGGUUCAAGACCUGGCUCAGGAACGUUUCCAAAGCUACCCUCCCUGGGCUCUGGCCAUGUGCUUCGCUCUCAUCAUAGUGGCCAUGCUUCCUCUCCCAAUCGUCUUCGUCGCACGCCACUUCAACUUGAUGUCAGACGGCUCCAACAAGCUGUCUGUCUCCUACCGUAAAACCAUGAUGAAAGACAUCUCCAACCUUGAGGAACAAGACGAGGCCAGAUUCAUCCUCGGUGCCAAGCCUGGCGACACGCCAUUGGCAGGUGUAGCCCGCAAACCCUAUGUGACUCCUGCAGGGAACAAAUCUGUGGAUCCCAACUCUCUGUCUCCAAAUGUCUGCUACGGUACGAGCUACCAAAACACUGCGAUAAGUCCCACGACACCAACAACGCCGCCUACUCCUCUCACACCUCUCACACCAGAGUCAGACUCUUGACUUUCCUCUUACUAAAACCAAUCCAACAUGCAGUUUAGCUUCCAGCCUUUUCCCUGCUGAUAUUACAAAACCUUCAAAACAAUGUUUUGAAGCAUGUACAACACAGAAAAUGUUAGUUUUCUUGUAAAGUAUACGCUUCAAAACAGUUUUUUUGCUUUUCUUGAUCAGAUUGAAGCCAUACACUGGGUAAAACAAGGUAUUGUUAGUCCAACAUGCAGUGAGUCUGAGAUGAACACACACAAAAAGCAUCUAAAAAAAACUACAUUUAGUUUUCUGAAUGUGUUUCUGUGUGAUAUUUAUAUAAGGCUGCUGUAAAGAUGUACAAAUCUGUUUCAUUCAAACCCAAAGUUAACCACCUUCAGGAUUUUAUGUAGCGAUCUUCGUUCAGUCUGUAAAUAUGGAUGUACAGUUAGUUAGAGAAGCCUGUAGAUUUUACUAUGUGGAGAUUAAAGCACCAAUGUCAUUCUCCAUCACACACACACGUGUCACGUUAUGUAGAAGUUAAUCGUUUUAGAUUCUCCACCAAAGAGUAAAAACAACAAAACACUUGAAUUCAGGCAAAGAAUGUGAGACUCACAUGUGUUGAGUUGGAGUAAAAGUUUAUUUUAUUAAUUUUAUUUUAUACUCAUGAGACUGGAACACAACCCUAUAUGGUAUGUUUUAUAUGUGUGGAAGGCACAAUAUGUUCCUGCUACUUUAAAGCUAAUCUGAAGUCGAAACUGUUUGAUUGAUGCUACAAAAGCACAUGUGUAUUUUUACAAUUCAUGUCCACAAGUAAAUCACUGAUUGUAAUUGUCUUAUUGGUAAAGAGAUGCACAAUUCAAAAUGUACUUCAAUAACUAACAACAGCUUCCUUUCCACUUCCUGGCUUCCCUGGUAAAGAUGUGUGAAAAGCUACAAAAUGUUUAAAUCUCUAUUGUAGCAGCUUGAUUUUACUGAAAGAGAAUUCUUUGAGAAAAUAAUUCUUCAGUUCCUGUAAACUUAUUCAGUGUGCGCAAAAACAUUACCACUAGAAAAUAAUUGUUUUUAAUAAAAUCGUGUGUGGUGCCAUUAUUGGCAAUUUAUUACAAUUUCUUUUUUGCAAUAAAUUUAUUGAUCAAAGAGUCUAAAAACUUUAAUUUUGAUAUAAAUUUGACAUGACACAGAGGUGUUGUGAUUUGUAGUUGGACCCAAAUGCAAACCUCAAGGUGGCAGCGUCACGGUGAUGGUUAUGGAGUUAAUGAAAGAGAAUAUUUAAAAAACAAGAGAACCAAGAAAAACAGAGUGAAAGCAGCAAAAACAUGAUGGCAAUCAGGAGAAUCUGGUAAAAAAAAAAAAACCUGAGAGGUUUUUCACCAUGGAGGGUUAAUGAGCGACGCCAGGUGUGACGAAUCAGGAGAAUGUGAUGCAGCUGGGAGAAAAACCUGAUUAUAUAAACUGAGGGAACGUGACUAAUGAAUACAGGAAUAAACACAGGAAGCUGAACAAGAGCACAAAAUGAUCUACUAAGCACAGGAUACGAAUCUAAACCAAUGUACAGAGAGCAGAACACAAGAAAAAACUAAUAAACUAAAAUUAAAGGCAUUAACUAAAUACAGGACAGCCUUAGUGAAACAUCUGGUAAAAAUAAAUAGUAUUACAGAGGUUGCCAAGUCUCCAUAACGGCUGUUUAUUUUAAGGCUUUAGUACCCAUGUUUUCCAGGCAUCCCAGUAUCUGUGGAGGUUCCUGUACGUCCCAAACAGCACAGAGGUCGAAUGUGAAAAGAAAAAUAAAAGCACAAACUAAAAAUGACAAAUCAUAAUGAAUAAUAUUGACAAAACUGGACCAAAAGACAGAGGAACCUGCAAAGUUAAAGCCUAAAUAACAUUAGCCUGCCAGCUAAUAGUAUGAACUGCAGAAAGCCUUAGACAGUUCAGCUGCACAACCAUUACAAGCACGAACAUGCAGUCUUCUGUAUAUUUGUAGAAUCCUAAACCUGUUUAGUAUAAUUAAAUUUAGGUUCAGUUGUGACCAUUGUACCGAUGGGUUUUUUUUCUACACACUGAUAUCAAUUAAUUGUUAAAAUAAAGCACAUCUUAGUUCAUGCUGCACAUUUAUUUAUUUUUCUAUUACAAUAUUCAAAGCACAGGUGUUAAAUUAUAAAUGGACUAUUUAUUUUAUUAUGCUGUAUAUUUGCUGUUAUAUUUGAGCGACGAUCAACAGAGAUGAGAACAUAGAAUAUAUAUUUUCAUUUUGUUUGAGGCUUCAGUGUAUUUAAGCAUUUGUCCGUGUUAUUUUUGGUGUUGCUUGUUGUUAUUAGCUCUGGAAAUGCUGCUGGAUAUUAACGCUGUUGAGGUUUCGUCACAUACGGUGGGCCAUGUGAGGCACCGAUAUUCACCACUUGUCCACGGGGUUUCAGCCACACAAGCAGUCAAAUAGUCUCAAAAAUGUAAGUCAUUUCUAAAUUUUAACUCAGUAGUGAAGACGCCUUUGGAUUAGAAGAAUAAUAGGAGCGAGGAAACAUGUUGGUAGAUGUUCCUGUAAACUUUCUUUAAGCUUAACCCCCUACUGCCUGAAUUUACAAUUAUAUAAACAAGUAGAUUAUUCUUGAUGUUGCUGUCAAACAAAUUCAAGAUGAGCAUAGAUGAAUUAAUUUUUAAAAAGUAAAAAUAUUUAUGCAUUUAGUGUGCAAAUUAGCAAAAUUAGACCUAAUGGAGCAGAGCUUAGACCAAUAGAUGACAGCACAGGGUCUUUGAUAUUAACUGCAUUAUUAUUAUUUCCUCUUUUUUUUUAAGUGGCUUUGGAGAAAACUGUCUGACAAAUUCAUAAACUUAGAUAUAAUCUCACACUAUGCAAACUCUUCAAUCAUAUUUUCAUUCAGACUAAUUUGGCAAAAACAGAAAAAUAAAAAACCUUCAAGAAAACUAAAGUACUUGGUCAUGAUGGAGCAGGACACUGUGAAUUCCUCCUCAGUUAUCUCAGUGUACAUGCACCAUCCAGAACAGGUGCUGUUAAUUUCACACACAUUUUGACCAUGGAGUGUCACAGGUGUUAUUCAAUACACCGGCAUGGUUAGACAGGAAACCGGAAGGGCAGCAGCUUCAGAAAUAUGUUUUGUUUACGCCUCCAAUCCUUAGAAAUUCACAUCGACUGCUCUUUUAUGACACCCAGCGGCUCUUCAGAGUAUUACAUGUAAGGUCUUUAUCACUUAGCUUCAUAGUCAAUGCUUCUCUUUAGCCUGACCAAAUCUUUCUGAUUAGCCUUGUUCCAAAAUAUUGUUUUCAUCCAGCUCCAGGGUGAAUCGACACCUUCAAAAGGAAGAUUUUGUCUUUUUGUUUAAUUCUGAGUUAUUCUCUACUAUCUCAAUUCAAUAUCUUGGGUAAUGUUGUUUUCCAAAACUAAUCCGAGUAAGAGUAUUAUGACAGAGGGGUUCUUUCACAACAGGUAUUGAAAUGUUCUGCCAGCUAGUGGCGGGUCAAGAAACAACAGAAGUCUCAUUUUCAUCUCGUCUAAAAUGUUUUAUGGUUUAUGAUCAAACUCUUGUGACUGCUGGCGCGGCUGUAAACCCUGCGUCGUGUUUCUGUGUGUAGUUUUACUUCCCAUGAGUCAGAUUCCUCCUGCUGUGCGUGUGUGUCAUGUAAGCAUCCAAACCACCAAACUAUUUUGAAGGUUUUUAUUCAUGUGAAGUAUAGCAAUGUCUUAACAAGGGACAAAAAGUAAAAAAUGAAUGUGACUGAUGCACUUUGUUCACCAGAAAGCAAAUAAAGUUGUUUAUUUUAUUAACUAUAGCAGUAAAUUUAAGGUCAGUGUAAAAGCAAUAUCUUGUCAUUUUAACAGCACAUCAACUGUGGCUGAAAGGACACACUGUAAGAAAUUAAGACUUGAAUGUGUGUGUGUGUUUAUAUUUAUAAAUGUGUGUGUUUGUGUAGAGUUAGACUGGUGUGUGCAGGGCCUUACUGGGCUCACACUUCAGGUGUUAUCUGUACUGGAGACACUUUAGAAACAUCCCUUUACAGACUCUUUGUUUCUCCUCAGUCGUAUGGAUGAAUGAUUCACAAGUGAUGUAAAACUUAUAAACAUAGCUAUAUAAAAUGUAAAUAAAGAGCAAACGUACCUCU